AUGCUGUGCUUGCCUUUCUUCAGCGUGUUCGUCUUCGGUGUGCAUGCUGUGAGGCUAUCUGUUCCCCUUCUUGUCGUUCAUAAGGGAGAGGAAUCUCAAGGCACAGUCUAUCUUCUUGACGAGACGGGCCGGUCUGACGUAAUAGCAACAACCUUCAAGGGUAUUUCAGACUUUUCCACAGCAAUCGUCGAGAAAUUUGUCCCACUGCCUGAGAAUACGACUCUGGUUGAGACGUUGCCGGACCUAAAGGGCGUUUCUGAGUGCACAAACGACAACUGUCCGACGACUGGUUCAAGCUGCUAUAAGCUUCGAACUACCACCAUUGUCAGUACUAACGGUCCACAGGAGCUCCUGGAAGAGAUAAAGAAGAUAGUCAAUAGUAAGCCGGACGGUCAGGGCUGCACAGUGAUUUUCUCUGCCAAUAAGAUCAACACUACGACGACGCCUUUCAGGAAUGCGUGGGCACCUAUGGAGGCUACGAUGUUUUCAAUUACGGCUGUGAUUGUUGUGAUUCUCCUUAUCGUUGCUGUGCUUCCGAGUCUGCUCAUCAAAGAUUCUGACAUCAUGCCAGAGGCUGAUGCCAAGACAGACUAA